CAAAUGUCAUUAACUGCAUUAACAGCUUAACAUGGGAGUUGGGACGGGUCGAUAACCAUUAUUAUUCUUCUCGCAAAUUCGUUCAAUCCGACCAAGUUUUCUGGGCGAAGACGAUGACUCUUCUGCUACAAAAUCUCCCGUCAGUGCGUUCAUCUGCUCCUCCCCUUCACUACACAAGAUCCCACUCUGUUGUGUGUGGUGUAUCAAGUAGUAACACUGAUAAACCUAGAACCAGACCCAAAAUAACCAGAAUCAAAGUCAAAGAACCUGACGACUACCAUUCAACUGUCAAAGCUCUCAACUCCAAAGGCCGUAUCCCUCGGAAAGCCCUUGGACAGCAUUACAUGGUAAACAAUGAAGUAAAUGAGCAGCUUGUUGAUGCUGCGAAUGUGGGUGAUGGUGAUGUGGUGCUUGAAAUCGGUCCAGGAACCGGUUCUCUCACCAAUGUUCUUGUUGAAUCUGGUGCAACUAUUCUCGCGAUUGAAAAGGAUCCUUACAUGGCUGCACUUGUAACAGAACGCUUUGCAAGUACACACCGUGUGAAGGUGAUACAAGAAGAUUUUACUAGAUGCCACCUCAGAUCACAUUUGUCAUCAUUCAUGGGAAGUGAUUCCUCAGAUUCAAAGCCAUACGCAAAGGUAGUUGCGAAUAUACCAUUUAAUAUAAGUAGUGAUGUAGUUAAACAACUUCUUCCAAUGGGCGAUGUCUUCUCAGAAGUGGUCUUAUUACUCCAGGAGGAAGCUGCUUUGCGCAUGGUGGACGCAUCCUUGAGGACAUCCGAGUAUCGACCCAUCAAUAUCUUCAUAAACUUCUAUUCAGAUCCUGAAUAUAAAUUUAAGGUCCCAAGAGAAAACUUCUUUCCUCAACCCAAAGUGGAUGCAGCUGUUGUUGUGUUUAGACUGAAGCAAGAAGUAGAUUAUCCCCAAGUUUCAUCAACCAAGACCUUCUUUUCAAUGGUUAAUUCUGCAUUCAAUGGGAAGCGUAAGAUGUUGCGUAAAUCACUCCAACACAUAACAUCAUCCCUUGAGAUUGAGGAAGCACUUGUAAAUAUUGGUCUCCCAGCUACUUCAAGGCCAGAAGAACUCACACCAGAAGAUUUUGUAAAGUUGCAUAAUUUGAUCGAGUAUUCAUAACAGGAUAUCUUUUGAGUAUAUGUAGGAAAAUUGUACUUAGAAAGUAUUCUCAUCUGUGAAGAAUGCAGUGUUAGAAAUGGUAUUGUAUAAGUGUUUCUUAACUUUCAAAAAACCAUAGUUGAGAUUUGACCAUUCUUAUUGUAAAAAAGAAGCUGUUGUAAGUUGUAACCAUCCAUGUAUUGUUUGUUUGAGAC